AUGUCUACUGUAGCUGAACCUGCUCCUGUCUCGCCUUCCCCAGCUGCUGCGGAGGCUCCUGCCCCCUCUGCUGCGCCUGCUUCGACCAGCAAGCCUGCCAAAGCUUCGACUUCGAAAAAGCCUGCCUCCAAGAAGGCUGCUCCUCCCAAGGCCAAAGCGGCUGCUAAACCCAAAUCUACCACUGGCCGUCCUUCGUGGAAGGAAAUUAUCACCGAAUGCAUCGUCCAGAACAAGGAAGAGUCUCGUUCUGGUGUCUCGCGUGCCACCAUUAAAAAGUACGCUGAGGAGAAGUACGGGCUCGAGGCCAACAAUGCCAACCUCUAUCAGUUGAACCGCGCCAUUUCCUCCGGGGUUGAGGGUGGCAUCUUCGUCCUCCCCAAGGGACCUUCGGGCAAGGUCAAGCUCGCUCCCAAGGCCAAGUCAUCUGCUUCGAAAGAGAACUCGAAGCCUGCCUCCGAGUCCAAGCCCAAGACCUCCAAACCGGCCACGGCCAAGAAGGCUGCUCCCGUUUCAAAGCCCAAAGCAUCAACGACCGCCAAGCCCAAGACCUCGACGACAACUAAGAAGGCACCCGCUGCUGCUAAGAAGACCCUCGCUGGUAAGGCUAAAGCCACCCCGACGAAGAAGACCACUACUGCUCCCAAGGCAAAGAAGGCUGUGACUGGCACCACCCCUGCCGCAAAGGCCAAAGCUGCUGCUGCCACAAAGAAAGCCCCCGCAAAGAAGACCGCUGCCACCAAGGCUGCCCCUGCAUCGAAGACCAAGCCCGCGUCGAAGAAGGCCCCAGCAUCUGCUGCCAAACCACGAUCAAAGCCUGCAUCCAAGCCGGCCUCGAAGCCGGCCUCCAAGCCCACAUCAAAGGCGAAGAAGGCGACCACGGCUUGA